AAGAGGAUGCUCCUCUCUUAAACCCGCUGCCAUCUCAGUGGUGAAUAUGUUGGAGUUGGGGUGGGUCGACUUUGAGGUGACAUUGAAGCUAUGUAGAUGAGAGUGAGAACCCUGCGGUCCAUGUUACGUCCCUGCUCGCUUCAACUCAAACGGUGGCAGUUCCUUUCCCCGUCUUCUCUCCCUGCCUCUCUUUCAGCACUACUCAUUUAAGGACAGCACCGCGCUCUCAAACACGCACUUGUCCACCACCCUCUCCCUCCUUCAGGAUCAAAUGUCUGCGCCUCGAUGACGGAUGCAAAGUUUCCAGCUUGGUUAUAGCUACCGCAAGUAAAAGGAAGUAACUUUUUGGGGAAAAUUUUUAUAUUUUGCCGGUGGGAAACAAUUGUUCCAUCAAGCUGUAAUUUCACUGGUCUCCGUCUCGUUGCCCUUUCUCAUCCUUCACAGACCCUCAAUCAUCCAUCUUCUCUCGGCUUUUCUCUGGGGACCUCUAGUGCGGGACUGGUGCUGAAACCACCACCUCACCGCUGGUUAGGACUGGUUAGGAUCGUCAUCAUGGCCACCAACGGGACCAAAGCCUCGGACGGACACGUCUUAACCGAGACGAUGAACGACGCACCCAGCACCACACCAAAUGACAAACCCAAAACGCUGGUGGUGAAGGUGCAGACGACGAAAAAGGAAAUACCCGAGAGAGAAACGUGGGGAGGGAAAUUUGACUUUCUCCUCUCUUGUGUCGGAUACGCAAUCGGACUCGGAAAUGUGUGGAGGUUUCCUUACUUGUGUGGAAAAAACGGUGGAGGUGCUUUCUUGAUUCCCUACUUUUUGACGCUGGUAUUUGCUGGCAUGCCCCUGUUCUUUCUGGAGACGGCUCUCGGUCAGUACACUUCUAUUGGGGGUCUGGGAGUGUGGAAGCUGGCCCCAAUGUUCAAAGGUGUGGGUCUGGCUGCUGCCGUACUGUCUUUUUGGCUCAAUAUCUAUUACAUUGUAAUCAUUGCCUGGGCUAUUUACUAUCUGUACAACUCCUUCACCGCUGACCUGCCAUGGAAGACAUGUGGCAAUGCCUGGAACACAGAUCGCUGCUACACCAACUACACCAUCGCGGACACAACAAAUCUCACCAGUGCCGUAGUGGAGUUCUGGGAACGUAACAUGCACCAGCUGACGGAUGGUUUGGAGAAGCCUGGGGAGGUCCGGCUUCCACUGGCUAUAACGCUCGCCAUUGCAUGGGUGCUCGUCUAUUUCUGUAUCUGGAAGGGGGUCGGCUGGACCGGCAAAGUAGUCUACUUCUCGGCAACAUACCCUUACUUUAUGCUGUUCAUCCUGUUUUGUCGUGGCGUCACUCUGCCUGGAGCUAUAGACGGGAUUCUCUUCUACAUCACACCAGACUUUCAGAAACUCAAGGAGUCUGAGGUAUGGCUGGAUGCUGCCACACAGAUCUUCUUUUCCUACGGUCUGGGAUUAGGCUCUUUGAUUGCUCUUGGCAGCUACAAUCCCUUCAAUAAUAAUGUCUACAGAGAUUCUAUCAUUGUCUGCUGCAUCAACUCCUUCACCAGCAUGUUCGCCGGCUUUGUCAUCUUUUCCAUUGUGGGAUUCAUGGCUAAUGUAACAAAGAGGCCAAUCGCUGAUGUGGCAGCCUCAGGACCUGGCCUGGCAUUUUUGGCAUAUCCUGAAGCCGUCACCCAGCUGCCUGUCUCUCCUCUCUGGGCAAUACUGUUUUUCUCCAUGCUGCUGAUGCUGGGAAUCGACAGCCAGUUCUGCACUGUGGAAGGCUUCAUCACUGCACUGGUCGAUGAGUUUCCUCACAUCCUACGAAAUCGUAGAGAAAUCUUCAUCGCUGUUGUCUGCCUUGUUUCUUAUAUCAUUGGUCUGUCCAACAUCACACAGGGUGGAUUGUAUGUGUUUAAGCUAUUUGACUACUACUCAGCGAGUGGAAUGUCCCUGCUUUUCCUGGUCUUCUUUGAGUGUAUCUCAAUUUCAUGGUUCUAUGGUGUAAACAAAUUCUUUGACAACAUUGAGGAAAUGAUUGGUUACAGGCCCUGUCUGUGGUGGAAGGCCUGCUGGGUUGUUUUCACUCCUCUCAUUGUGGCUGGAGUCUUCUUGUUCAGUGCAGUCCAGAUGGUUCCCCUUACUAUGGGAGAUUAUGUGUUCCCAAGCUGGGGUCAGGGAGUCGGCUGGUUAAUGGCCCUAUCCUCCAUGAUUCUUAUUCCAGGCUAUAUGGGCUACAUGUUCCUCACUCUCAAAGGCACUUACAAAGAGCGUCUGCGCAUGAUGAUCAAACCUUUGGUACUGGUGAAGGCUCAGGAAAAUGGUCCAGAUCAGCAGGCAGAAAGCCAGAAUCAGAACCCUGCCAAUGAGGAAGCCUACAUCUGAAAAGGAAUAACGAAGCUCUGCCUGCCUCUUUUCUCGAACGGCCAGACCGGCGCCGCACCGUAAUCAAGGUUGGGAACAACCACUAGACUUCUACGUCUGCUUUUAUUCACCUACCUCCUGGGGACAUGUGAAACCAACCUGAUUACAUGGUUAUUUUUAAGGGGGUUAUUCUGUUUGUUUAUUUUUAUAAUACAGAGUUAUAAAACGUAUAAAGAAGAAAAAAAUACCCAGCAAAGUUGUUGUGAUAUUUUGAAUUUCAUUAUGCAAAAGUUUAGCCUUCUUAGAAAAGCAAAUGUGACCUAGAAAACUACUGUAUAUUGAAUAUGUAUAAUUUAAAUCCGAAGGCCCUUUCUGAUUCAAUAAUAUCACUAUGAAAAUUAUAAUUAAUUCACUAAGCUCAAAAUACUGUACAAAGAGAACUGUGAUUAAAGUGUAUUUUAUUUUGUAAAUGAGAUAAAUACUUUCAAAUGAAUGCAGUGUAGCUGUUAAAUACAAAGUAAAAGUUUUAUGGAUAAAAAGUUUAAUAUAGAUAAAUUUCAAGCAAAGACAAUAUGGGAAUGUGCAACAGGUAAGGCCAAAUCUGCUUGUAGGUGUAAAUUAGAUCUUAGCCAGACUAUCACUCCCUUGCAGAAUUCUGCACCUCUUCGGAAAUGUUUACCACUCAUUGCGGGGACUACAUUAGAAAAGCACAAGUACCUUCUGGUAUUUUUAAUACUUCUUUUUGGCAUGACUGAAACCUGUGACAACAGCAAAAAUAACUUAUAUAGAACACUUAGCAAGAGACUGUUAUGACUGUUUUACUUGUUUUCUAAAGAACAUUUAAUUUGUAUGUCGUCUGAAUUUCUGUUUAGAGUAAUUUUUUAGAUCAUUUCUAUAUGUGAACGUGAGAAGGACCAAAUUGCUCUCGAUAGUUUGAACACUUCGUGCAGGCGUUUUACCUGCAGACUAAGUAUGGAUCAAAUUAAUCACCCUUUUGAUGCAGAAAAGCAAUAGUUAGGAAAAAUAAAACAGCAUCAAUGUACAAGCACAACAUUAUUCUAUGGACUAAAGCCUAUAAUAGAAAAGGUAUAGCCAUUGUAGAAAUCCCACAGUUGCUCUGUGCUCUCUACAAUUCCAUUUUCAGAGCACUUAUUUGGAAAAUGUAUAUUGUUACGUUACUGAGGGAUGGUUUAGUGGCAACAAAGUACCUUGAGAAGCAGUUGUUGCCUUCUGCCGUGACUGGUGUCCUGCGUUGGCGGUAGUGAAAUGGAUUUCUGUGACAGCUACCGAUAGUCUGCCUGUACUUGUUUACUUGUAUAUCUGUUUAGUAAUCCACUCCUCAGGAACAUAUUUAGAUGUGACCAAACGGUUUUAGACACCAACCUGAUUCACUGAACUAAUGAUUACUCUAUCUAGAAAAUGUAGCCAUCGAAACCCUGAAAACGUUUCUGUCCAAAAAUUUAUGAAGACUCAAAUAGUAUUAAGUCUUUGUGAACAAAUGUUCCGGGACAAAAAUUAAAAACCUGAUCUCUACUUUGUGAUAUAUGGUUGUCCUAACCUGUAAUAGGCAUGGGCUGGUAUGAGGUUUUCCCAGUAUGAAAAGCUUGAGUAAAAAUACCACAGUGUUACUGUAUUUACACAAUAUUUCAACAAAAAUGUAUCACAUGAUCUAAUUGCUUUUGUUUAAACAGUCAAGCAGCAAUUAUUCCUACAGAUGCCAAACUAAUGAAAGAUCUUGAUAACUACAUAUUUAUCGUAGUAACAGUGGUACCCUAUUAUAACAAGCACCACUUCAAUAAAUACCAUGUUAUUCAAGUAACACUAUCUUGACAGAUUGUUUUCAAAACAGUACUACAACAAGACUUGGGCAUUUUAAAUUUGUGUCAUAUCUUCAAAACUCAUAAAAAUAUAUUAUCUACUACUUGAUUGGUUGUAGGAUUGGCUUCGAUUGUGUUUAAUAUCUAUUCAGAAGUUGAAAAUGGAGAGUUUAUAGUUGGAAAAGUUAGAAGAAAUGUUCCUGAAAGUUGGAAUUCUAAAAAGGGAAUAUCAGAGGUUUCUUGACAACCCUGAUGUUGAAUUUCAGUAUGUCUGCCUACUAGAUAAAACUUAGCGAUUGGGGAUUAGUUAUGGUAAACUAUACUACACAGAUCUCAUUUACUUAACAUGUAUUUACAGUAUUUAAAUGUACAAAAUGUAGAGAAAUACAGUGCAGUCUUAUUAGCUGUUAUUGCUAGUAGAUGUUAUCCUGUUUAAUGAGCAUAUCAAUUGGCAAAUCCUACUGUGUUUGGAAGUUGGCCCUACAACAUGGUUAAAUUGGGAUUGACGUCAUUCCCAGACCCAAGUUCAAAUUUCAGAUAGGAACUGAAUGCAGCAUAAGUAAAUAACCAAAUUUUCUUAUGAGUACUACUAAAGGCAGCCCAAGUAACACCAGUGUCACUUGUACCAUAUAAAAGAAUGGAUCCACAAUAUUUCUAUAUUAUUUUGAUUUGAACACAAACACUCACAAAAUAAAAAUAAACACACCUCUCAAAAUUAGCAGUAGUUUUCAAGUGCUUAUUGGGCAGGGUGAUAUACGUUAUUCUCAUUCUGCUAUUUUUUAUGUACUACAAGUCCAUGUCGUAGUAUAACAAACUGCUUGAUAAUUAGUCAGACAGUGUGCUCAGGAAGCCACUCUGCAAUCAGCUGCUUAACAGACAUGCAGCUCACAGUUGUUAGCUGUGAUUUAAAAACAGUUGUAACCCGAUAAAAGAGAAGGCCAGGGCUCUUUUAGUUUCCACAGGACUCUCUGUGUUUUGUUCGACCAGAAAUAUUUCGAAACAGUUGGAUUUGUCUUGUGUUGUAGCCUUCUUUUAGAUACCUAGGCAUUGUACAGAAACUCUGGCAUAGGUGCAUAACUGUGAUACUCUACACAUGAUACAGCCAAAAACUACUGUCACUCGAGUGACUUAUGAGGAUUUUCAACCCGUAGGAAGAUAAUGAGGACAAAUUAUGCGAUUUUUGUAAUCGUAAGAUUCUAGAACCUUGAUAUAUCAUAACGGUAACCCGCCUAUGCCUAUUCUGUAAUGGUCCUUCUAAAACAAAUGUUUUAGAAAACACUGUUAGCACAACAAAGCACAAUCACAUACUUCACAGGUCAACAACACUAAAACUAUAAAACAAAGAAAAAUGUUACAAAUCUAAUUAUACUUGAUUCUGUGAAGAAUUAUAACAUAACGGCUAGCAUAGAUUCUAACUUAAUCACAAACCACCAAUGCCGUGACAAAGAAGGAUCAAAACAAUAUUCUUUUAUGGCAGCUACAUGCGACAGGUAUCAGGUUGAAUCAGUCCCGUUUCCUAAAACUUUACUGACUUAUUUUUCUAAAGAUAUGUGAAUGAAAAAUGUGCAAUGAUGCAAGGGUUCCAUGAAUUUUGUAUAAAGUUACCAUACAGCAGUUUCUCUCUUGAAUGAUAUUGUAAACUGGACUGUGUAAUACAUGUAUCUGUGAAUGUCUGUACAUGCUGAGUUUAUUUCAUUUGAUUCUGUCUAAAUGUUGAAUGGAAAAAAUGUGACAAUUUUUGCCAUUUUCUGCAAUAAUACUGUCUCAGAAAGUAAGGCACAUAUCUCUCUCCACUGUAAAAAUGACAAUUACAAUAACAGAAUAGAGUAAUAAUAAAGAGAUAAUAAUAAUAAUGUCAUAGAACUGUCUAGUCAGAGAAUAUUGUUUUGUAUAUUUUUAGCUGUUACAUGGGCCUAAUGUAAAAUAUUAUAUGUAAAAAAAUAUAUAAUAAAUGUCUUUAGAUGGUGUUCUAUGGAAAAGCAUGAUUGCUGUAUAUGUUAUCGGCAAAAUUAAAUAAAGAUCUAUAGAUUAUAA